AAUAUUUUCCGGGUGCCAUAUUUGAAUGGGUCCACGCUUGGUUGGACUCUGGGUUUAAGGAAGCUUGUCCGCCCGGCAGUCGGAGCGGAGGGGGACUCGGCGGUGAGCUUCAGGCGGUGCGAGCUGCGGACGGACACCGAAACACCUCCACGACGGCUCUCCGAACAUCUUAAACCAAACCCGGCGGUGUACACACUGUAGCGGCUGGUUUCGUGUCACAUCCAGGCUGAACAAUGUGAUUGUGAUCGGAGGCAGCAGCACUCCAAUGGUCGAGGACCUCACCAUACUUCACUAGAAUGUACUUGAUGAAUGUACCUCCUGUCGCAGCGACGCAAACAGAAUGGAGAACAUGUGGCCCUCCUGGAGGCUAUAGCCUUCCAGUCUGCUUCAAUGACUCUGACACAGAGUUGUCCACCAGAGGCACACCUAUCUCAGACAAGGUCCAGAUGAUCAUAGAGAGCCUUCGGAGCACCCAGUCCUCACUCGAGAUGGGCGACGAGAUCGAGGGAAAUGUGCUAUCAGGACAGGAGGGUCAUCCCCAAGUCUGCAAGGCUGCAGUGGGGUCUUACAUGGGAGCCAAGUCCCAAACUAAAUACCCCACUGAAAACCCGCAUGCAGACGUUUCCUCCCCAAACAACCACGAGAGCAGCGACUCUGACAGUGAUGAUUCUGUGGACAGAGGAAUCGAGGAGGCAAUACUGGAAUACCUGAAAGAAAAAGAUGAUCACAAACGCAAGGUGGAACCGUGCUCCACUUUUCUCCAAUCAUCCAAAAUUCCCAGAAAAAGUUUAGCCAUUCCUGAGGUUUCCAAGCAGAACUCUGACAGCAGUGCAUUCUUGAUUGCGAGUAGCCAGUUUCCCAAAAGUGUCAAAGUUGAGACCCCUACAGUACCAGCUGGUAUACAUAAAAAGUAUAUCAAAAACAAGGCGUCCCUAAAUGAAAACACAUCUAAGAACUUUGAAUUGAAUAAAUGUUCAAGUACAAGUUUAGUCAGUUCAAAAGAACCAGCGAAGAGCCCCUCAAAAUCAAUCACCCUCAGCAACAAAACUGUCAAGUUACCAAUCACAGUGAAAGUGAAGGAAGAGUCAAAUGAUUCCAGCAGUGACGAUGGCAUCGAAGAGGCCAUUCAGAGAUACCAGUUGGAAAAGAAGGAGCAGCAGAAUAAAAGGGAAGUUUUCAAUCCACAGCCUUUCGAAGAGGAGUCUGACUCCACGAGCGAUGAUGGGAUUGAAGAGGCUAUUCGCCACUACCAGCUCGAACAGCUCAAGGAGAAGAAUAUCCUGAAACCAUUCCUACAUGAGCAAAAACCCGACAGUAAGUCACUAAUACAUGCUGUUGGGAGUAUGAACAUGGAAAGCAUGAAGAAACACAAACUGAAGAAAAAAAGGAGCAAAACAGAGAAAGAAGGGAAAUCUUUGCAAGCCUCUACUUCAUCUGUCUUCGUACCCAAGACUACACUUUCAGACAGCUCCAAAAGUAAAGGAAAUGGACUGCUUUCAUUGAAAGCAGAAGGUUUUAAGGAGCAACCAGCCCCUGCACCUUCAAAGGUUAAUACAACCGCAGAACUCAUGUGCGCUGAGGCCAUCCUGGACAUUUCAAAAACUGUUAUGCCUGAGGCCUUCCAGCAUAGUGUUGGCCUCAGCAGUUGUGCCACCACCGAAUCUUCCAUGCAGUCUUCUGUUCCUGACAAUUGUCCGUAUGAAGAAAGCAAUGACAGCUCAAUUGACAGCGAAGAUGGGAUUGAACAAGAAAUCAGGAAGUUUCUAGAGCAGAAGGCUCAAAUGCACAAACAGCCGCCCAGCUCUGCUGUGAUUCAAGAAGCUCACCAUGCAAAUGAACCAGACUUAGUGAAAGCAAAAGAAGGGACUUUCCAAAAGAAACCACACAGAUUGUCUUUUACCCACAGAAAAAGACAGAGAGAGAAAAGCCUUAGUGUUUGCAACAUGUCAGGGACAGAUGACACUGUUAAAGAAACUAGCACUAAGGCUUUGCCUGAGCAUACGGAAGAAUCAAACACCUUAGUGUUUUCCCAGAGAAAUCAGAUGCAACCAAUCGCUGGAUUACACAAGACAGACCAAAGUGGAGACAAAAGCAGCUCACUUGACAGUGAUGAGGAUCUAGACACUGCGAUAAAAGACCUGCUCAAGACAAAAAAGAUGUCAAAGAAAAAGAACCGAGACCUAAAGCGGAAACCAAGGAAGUGCCUCAAGGAUGAAGAGCCACUGUUAGGAAGUGCUUCACAGGCUAAAAAGUUCAAACCUGAUCCUGUUUCCAAGUUUUGUGCUUUGAAAAAAGUCCACAAGAGCAAGGGAGACAUGAAAGCCAAGUCUGGAUUGAACAAAAAGAGCGUUUCACAACUUAAGCAAAUUCAGAAAAGUAAGGAGCAUGAUUUGCAUGAUGGUGAAACGGAGAGACUGAAAGGAGCUGAGAAUCGAGACACCCAAUUACUGCAGGCUGUUGAAGCCACUGCUCAGAUGAAGGAAGAUAGCAGCUCUGUAGACAGCGAUGAUAGCAUCGAGCUAGAGAUCAGAAGGUUUCUGGCUGAAAAGGCCAAAGUUUCCACUGCAGAUAAAAGUAAAGACGGAGACGUUUCGAGGAAUGGUACUGUUCUGGUUCGUAACCCACUCAGAGAUGAAGACAUUAAACAGGAAAAUCAGCUGGCUGAGAUUCCCACAAAAAUCAGUCCUCUCUGUGCACAGCGUCCUUUUAUUAAUCCAGCUCAAGAUAGACCACUACGUCCAACGUCGCAGAGUUUGCUGCCCGACAUGUCUACUGUUAGUACGCAUUCACAUCUGCCCUCAGUCCAGUCCUGCAGCCCCAGCCUUAUGGAGCCAGCUGACGGAGCAGGGGCAGCUAGAACCGAGCAAAGGAGGCCUAACGCUGGGAGAGGAGUCAUCCACAAUGUCACGCCACAGGUGGAGAGAGUUCGACCAGUUUUGAGUCUUAACGCUGCUCAUUCUUGCUCCGAGUCAAACAAGUGGCGCCAGAGCCUGGGACUCCCCACUUCUGAUACGAGGGCUCUCAGUCGGACUCCAUUCCAUAUCACCUCGUCUGAAAUCAGCGAGACUUCAUCAUCAACCCUGCCAUAUCAAAGCGGGGCCAUCAGCCACAAAUUACAGACUCCAGGCAGCGUUUGGUCCUCUGCAAUGACCGGCAGAGCGCCAUUCGCCUGCACAACAGAGACGAGUGUAAAUACCCCGUUCAGAUCCUCGGUUUUGAAUUUUGUUUCUACUGCCAGGCAGCAUCCGAAGAUGUCCUUCGCACGGAGCCUCGUGCCUGCGUACAGGUCCCAGUGCUCUAUGGAUGGAGAUAAACAGAGUAUGGUGCAUAUAUCCAAGGACAAGAGUGUGUUUGUCGAACUGGAAUCGAACAGGACCAACCAUGUCCAGGUUCAAAGCAGGGACAGGAGCGAGGGAAAGGAGAGAGUGGACUUGCUAAAUGAGAAAAAAAGAGAAGGCGAGAGCAUGAAGAUAGGUAACAAAGAAGUACAUCGAGAGAGGAAAGAGGAAGAAUUUAUAGAUGAGGCAGAGUGUGAGUCAGGCGACAGGAGAAAUCCAGAAAAGAAGCAGGGCUUUUCCACUUUGUAAGUAUCUUCUCUGAUCACUAUGCCCCAUAGCAUCAUAAGUUUAUGAGGUUAUUUCUUGGUUGUGCCCUGCUGAUGAGCAUAAUGGAGGUUCAGAUUGAGCUCAUUCAUUUAUAGGCUCUAAGGGAAUGUUUGUUAAUAUGAUAAAACAAAACAGGCAUUUUUUUAAUGUAUUUGUACAAUUAUACAUUUAUGUAACACAGUGACAACAUCAGAAAAAAACUUUAUUUGUGGGCUAUGAUUAAUCCAUAUAAUUGGUUCUUUGAAAAGCAAUACCGUGACGUUUUGGUGCAAGAGGCAUGGAAAAUGCCACCAAACAAAAGCAAAGUACUUUUUUUUUUUUUGUCGAAAAUUGCAUCAUCUUAAAUAUAAUUUAAAAAGAUGUGAUCAAGAAAAGUGACCUGAGUAGGACUGAAUGAAGAUUAAGUGUGAAUCUAAAUGUUCAAAUUAGGUUGUCUCUUUGUGUACAAGUGGAAAUACAGAAUGUUAAUGACAAAAUAUAUGUGCAGUUAUUCCAAUUUAUUAUUAUUUACCUGACAUAGGUUUACUUGAAGAGAAAGACAAAAAUCUAUUAUGUGCAAAAGUUAAAAAGUCAUUAUAGCUUAUCGUUGAUUUCCAUCAACGCCUUCAAUAAUGUUUACUAAAAAAAAAUCAAAAAAACGUAUAUAAUUAGAUCUAUUCACAUUUAGAUGUACAGUAAAUCGAAACGACACAAAGUUACACAACUUGGUAGGUUUUUUUGAGUGGUUAGAAUGAAACAAAAUAAUGACAAAGCACUGUUGAAUCAAAGCUGAUUGAUCAGUCAACAGAAAAUUAAUUAGUUUUAAUAGUUAUUUAAUUGCUUGAGUUAUUUUUUGAGCUAAAGGUCCAAAUUUUUGCUAGCUCUGGCUUCUCGGAUUGGACUAUAUUCUGCUUUCCCUUAAUUUCUUUGAGUUUUAGACGAAAAAAUGCACUUUUUUUUUUUUUUUUUUUACUUCUCAUUGAAUAGUAGAUUAAGGUGAAAGAAUAAAAUCUAUUAGAAUAAUCAGUUGACCAAUUGUUUAAGUGGCAGAUCAGUCAGGGCUGAAAAGAAGUUAAUUAUGGCACCUAACAUGAUUAUUGGUAAAAUUUCCCAUAGAGCUGUGCAAUAUGGCUUAAAUGUAUAAAUUUGUAAUUGAGAAAGACCAGUCGGACUUUAGCACUGUUAGAAGUAUAUUCAAACUAAUAUGAAUUAAUAUAUCCAGGCCAAAAUAUGUUUAAUUGUGUUAUGGCUAUAAAGAAAAUCUCUUCCACAAAUUGAAUUUUAUUAGGAAUAAUGCAGUUUUCCAUCACUUUACUUGUCUUCGCCAACCCUCUACUGCUGCACUCUACACUGUCCGUGUGUCUCUGCUUGUGCCAUCGAACCUCCUUCGACUCUUUCUUCCACAAGUGGUAGCUUCCCACUCAGGUCCAGCAAGGCGCAGUCGUUCUCUACCGUCAGCAGCUUUUUAAAAACCCUGUCUCUUCACUUCAUCUCUCUUUGCCCUACUUUUAUUUUCCCGUCAUCGCCUCACACUGCUGAAACUGUAAAUCUUUGUGCUGCAAAUGAGAUUAUCAGAAAAUUACCUUCUCACCUCCCUCACAGAUUCAGGAAAGUCUUUCUAACUUUUGCAUAUACAGCCAACGCACACAUUUAAAAGGGAGUGUACCCUUGAUUCCUACUAGGCACCUUCUUAGAUCAAUCUUGUGGCUACCGGAACAAUCAGAGAUGUUCUUCUACAUGCUUCCACCAAUAUUUGCUUUUCAGACGCAGUGCUCUUAGCUCAUCGUAUGGUUUAAACUCCUAGAUGGAAACCUUGGAUUGUUAUUGAUGAAAGCCACGAUAGCAGUCUUGGAUUUAUUACCUCUAUGACAAAAUUGUUGUUCCAGAUUCCACAGAAACCACAUAAUUACUCCUCUCUGUCUUGCUAAACUUGAUAUUUAGUGUGUUCAUUUCUUUAUGUUUGAGUUUUCUUGAACUUCCAAUGUGGGGGAAAAAAAGGCUAUUUAUUUUUGUUUAUUGAAAAAAGUGACUGAACAUGCUGUGCAUUGCCAGGUUUUUUGUAAAUAUUUUGUAAGAAGUGUUUUUUUUUUUCUUUUACUCUUUCAGAUAAAAAAUAAACUUUUGCUGUGUCUUUUAAGUGCAUCUGUGUAAUAAAGAGUGGAAUCCGA